GGCUUCCAUCGGAGGCCCAUCUACAACAUCUAUCACAUGGCGAACGCCAUCUGGCAAGUGGACGAAGGCAUGGAGCUGGGAGCCAACGCCAUCGAGUCUGACGUCACCUUCGACAACAAUGGUUCAGCACUCUGGUUCUACCACGGCGUGCCAUGUGACUGCUUCCGGUGGUGCCAACGUUACGAAGAAGUGCCGAAGCUCCUGCGGUAUCUGCGACGAACCACGGACGGUGGCAUAUACGAAAAGACCCUUGCUCUUCUAUUCUUGGAUCUCAAGACUUCUAGUCUCUAUUCAGACAAAAAGUACGACGCGGGCGUCGACAUCGCGACCAAGCUUAUGAGUCAUCUCUGGCUCGGAGGUAAGUCAAAUGACGUGCAAGCGACUCCACUCCCUGCCAGAAGUGCACUGAAUGUUCUCCUGUCUGUACACACGGUGGACGACAAGGAACUACUCCGUGGGGCGAUCACAGCUAUACAUCGUCGAAUGCCCCAAAUGAUCGACAAGAUAGGCUUCGACGUCAGCAACAACGAUGAGUUGAGCAAGAUUGAAAACAUGUACCGGGAACUCGGCAUUCAAGGACAUCGAUGGCAAGGGGACGGCAUGACGAACUGCCUGUCUUACUUAAGACCGGCGGCGAGGAUGAACAGCAUCGUCAAAAACCGCGACGCUGGAGAGGCAUCCGGGUACAUCGACAAAGCUUACCAGUGGACCAUCGACAUCUCGCAGCAACUCCGGUUGUCACUCAGGGGAAACGUGGACGCCAUAAUCACGAACAUGCCGCACCGUCUGGCCAGCAUUCUCAAGGAGGGGGAGUUUCGGAACACGUUGCGGCCAGCCAACGCCUCGGACAACCCCUGGACUCGCUACGGGUGCCGCCACAACUGCGACCGGAAGCCGUUCAUCUCGGACCACCUCCUAGGGGGCACUGGCGUGCCCGUUUAACCAAAACCUGUGGAGUGUUCGGCAGUUUCACUGAACCAACUAGAGACAAUAUUCAGCCUUUUUCAGAUUCCUGUGCUGCCUUCUGCCGUUUUGGUAGGGGACGGGACCACCGGUGUCACCACAACGAGAGCCUCCAGGAUCGAGAGGCAUUUCGUUAUUUUCG